AUGGCAACCUUUCUUCCCUUGGUGCAGCCAAGUGCCACCGGACCACGCUUCUUGCCAACGCAGCCGCAUCCGAUACCAAACCCGUAUCAUGCCAGCACCACUUGCGACCAUGCGGUGAUAUGUGUUGUGUGUGGUAAUAUUUUCAGACCAACUACCCGCUCCUCGCUCAACCUAACCGAGCCUCGGCUCUAUCAUCACUGGACGCAUCCGGCUCUAAUUAGAGCAAAGCCAGGCUUCAUUGAAUGGUGCAAACAACCCUCCACAGCUCGAGCCUUUCGCCGUAAUGACUCCAAGCUAUUCGACUUUUUCACAAUCGAUCAAUUCAUUGGUGGUCCCGCUGGUUUUUUCAAUAGAUCUACUGGCCAAAUGGAGGUCAAUACUCAGGAUGAUGAAAUGUAUCUCCCUAUUCACGUCCCCUGCCUCGAGCUGGCUCUUGCGUUUUGUCGCUACCAGUCCAAGUUUGACAUCAACUUUCGAGAUGUCAGCAAUGGAAUGAACUCAGGCGAGCCGUCCAGCAUUGCUCAUCUGUAUGAGAUCUGGAUGAAGCGAGCAUGGAUAACUCAGUCUCCAUUCCGCAGUCGCCUUACGAAACCUAUCAUGGAACCUCACAAGUAUUUUGGCGCAUUCGUCACCAACGAUCUACAGCUGUAUUCUCAUGCCCGAACCAGCCACCAAUGGGGACAUAUGAUCCGAGUGCAAGAGUCGGACCCCUCGCUUGACCUACUAUCCACUGCUCGUGCCAUCGUUAGUGGAGUAGUCACCCUUAACGUAGGUGAGGCAGAAGAAAGAGCGCGUGAACCAGAGGUUGUUGAGCUCCGAGCCCGCAUUGCCGCGUCGCCCCCCGAGGUUCGUAUUCUAAUUGAUGAAGCAUUGGAGCCUUUUGACGAUAUCGGCCUAGCGGAACUCUAUUGCACGCGCGUGUAUCCGCCGGAGUGGUGGCUGGACAAGCUCGUCAAUGGUGUAUUUAUUCCGUGGUUACAUGAUCUCACCAUCCGCUGCAUACGAGUAGCAUUAGACGAACAAAAUCGCCCGGACGUGGAACUAAAUCAGCUGGAUUGGGAGUUGCUCUGCCGACAAUUAGCUCAGCCCGAUCCCUUCGAUCGCGAUCUAGGAAUCCUCCGCUGCCCUCGUCUCCAGAACCGACACCGCAUCUGGCGCCUUCUCGCCAGCGCUCGACUCGGACACACGGUGAUUAAAAACAUCUAG